CCCUUCCCCAUUAUUGAAAAGGUAUGCUUCCGAAAAUUUGCGUUGCUGAUUUGAGACCACAAAUCACGUCUGUCUUGCAAGAAGACAAGCGCAGAGGUUUCCGCGCCAAUAUGGAUGCGAUUUGGCAUGCUCUUGGGCCUAGGCGACAACCGUUUCUAGUGCUAAACAACUAGACCCAAACUCCCCUACCUAGGCUGAGGAUCUGGCUGCGAUGCCUUACUGCAAUACAGCGCGCAUUUGUGUACGGAAAUCCAGCGUCAGAGGCUUCGCGUCGAUAUGGGGAGGGCGGGUUUUUCCUUAUGAUAGCUUUGCUGACUGCUGUAUGCUCGGGCGUGACCAAAGAAUGCACUCCGCCGUCCGUAGUUUUUGAAAAUUAAAAUUUUGAGUUAUGUAUUAGCUGCGCUUUAUUCUUUCCUAAGGACAUUCUAAAGCGACAGCUCCGAACAGAGUACAACAUCCAUCAAGUGCGGCGCUUUUGCUUUGUAUUUAAUACGUGUGUUGUAUUUAUACGCGGCAGAAGAUCACGAUAGCACCACCUCCGACGACGAGCUCUAGCCCCAUGUCGGGGACCAGUAGAGCUGCUAGUAGGAUUAUACUAGUUCGGUUUUGUGAAAAAAAGUACACUGCUCCUGCAAGCACAGGCAGCGGCAUCCGCUAGAGUGCAGGAUGCACGAUGAAAGUGGAAUCAGGGUUGUAGCCCGCCACAGCCAUCGAAAGACCGUUGGAAAAUCAAAAAUCAACACGACGCUACUAGUAGCGAAGACACAUUGAAAGAUGCUGCCACCAGAAACAUGUUGGAAC